AUCCCAAAGUCGCAUCUUAGCUUCGUUGCCAUAACAAGGUUGAUUUCCUUCGAUAUAUCGAAGGAAAUCGAUUUAAGAAAAUAUUACCCAUAUAGUACUCGAAUCACAUAUAUAAUAAAAUAAUAAAAGAUGUUACUGUUUCCCUCAAAAUAUUUAUCUUUCUUCUUUAGUUACCUGAUAAUAUAUGCUAACUUUAAUUUACAAUAUAAAUAAGUAAAUAAAUGCUAAAAGUGUAGCUUAGUUCGCACAAAUUAAAUAAGACGUUCCCGUGACUACGCAACAAAAUACAUCGCUUAGAUCGAUCUUUUCACAUAAAAGGAAAGUGAUUGAGGGAUUAAUUAUUCGUCAUAGCAUGCAAUCGAAGCGUGUAAAUUCAGACAUCUGUAUAAUUAUCGACAUCCCCUAUGACUGUUAUUGAUACCAAGAGAAUCAUAAAUGAUGAGAUUAUUAUUGAACUGACUAUGAGUAGCUCAGACAGGAAAAGGGGAUUUCCUUAUUUUAGUGUAUUCUCGACAUUCUAUGAACGUGAUGGAUUUCUUUGAUGGUCGUCACUACGCGAUCAAUAAAGGCAUGCUAUCAUUAUUGGGCCAAUGGCCUUAUCAAUCGAUUAGAACAAAAUACAUCGGUUUGAUAAUUUUAUUCUUCUUAGCUGGAACACAAAUUAUAGCUAAGGUGCAGAAUUUUUUUUGUAUAUUAUUCGAAAUAUGCGCGAUUGUUGCUUCGUUUAACGAAAUAGACGUAGUGUUAAAUGAUAUGUCCCCAUUGAUUGCCGAUUCAGUUGCAACAAUACAAUUAAUAAACACUGCGAUGAAAACGGAAAAGAUGAGAGAACUUCUAAAUCGUGUGCAAAUAGAUUAUGCUUUCUUCACUACAGAUGGUGAAAUGAAAAUCAUACUCGAGUAUGCCGAGAAUGGAAGAAAAUUUACUAUUAUUUAUAUAGGUUUUUUUCUGGUGUCAAUGCUUAUUUUUAUAAUUCCACCAUUGAGAGCUAUUAGCAUGAGUAGCAUAAACGGUACGAUAGAACGACCAUUUAUUCAUCACGUUGAAUAUUUUGUUGACUCUCAAACAUUUUAUUAUCCUAUUAUAUUACACUCUUGCGUAACUAUCUUUAUCUGUGUUUACAUAAUCGUUACCGUCGACACAAUGUUUGUGCUAUUGGUGCAACAUGCUUGUGCAUUGUUUAAAGCAUUAGGAUAUCGACUACACUAUAUAACCGAAAAUGGUGACGAUAUUAUGGUGAUAGAUUUAAAUCCUUCAAAAUCAAAUGAUAAAUCUUAUCAGAAUAUUUCCGAAUGCGUUCGUAGACAUCGAGAUGCAAUAGAGUUUGCCAAUCUUUUGGAAUCCUAUUAUUCUACGUCCCUUUUUCUCCAAGCAGGAUUCAACAUGAUUGAACUAAGUAUCACAGUCUUUCAGGCUACGAUAAGUGUGAACGAAACUAAUGAGCUUUUCCAACAAGUGUCUGUUUGUUACUCGACAUUAACUCACAUCUUGUUUCAAUGUGUAAACGGUCAACGUGUUAUCGAUCACAGCGAUCAAAUGCACGAGCAUCUAAUAAAUAUGAAGUGGUAUCAUACAUCAUUACGCACAAGAAAAGUGAUUUAUCUCAUGCUAAUUAGAUCACGAGUAUAUUGUGUGCUAACUGCUGCAAAAAUGUUUAACAUGUCUAUGGAAACAUUCAGUACUGUGAAAACAAUUUUAAAUCGUAUAGAAGCGGAUUAUAGUUUUUUCACUACAAAUUGUGAAAAGGAAAUUAUAUCGAAAUAUGCCGAAAAUGGGAGAAAAUUUACUAUUUACUGUACAGUUACUUUUACUAUGGCAAUGCUACAUUUAAUGAUUGCACCACUGAAGGGAAUUUUUGGUAGGGUGAACGACACGAGUAAACGACCAAUGUUACAUCACGUUGAAUAUUUUGUAGAUACUCAGAAAUAUUAUUAUUUGAUUAUUUUCCAAACUUACGUUAUUUAUUUUAUCGUUUGUUUCUCGUUUGCUAUGGUGGACACAUUGUUUGUGGUUUUCGUGCAGCAUAAUGGUGGAUUAUUUAAAACAUUAGGGUAUCGACUUUUUCAUUUAAUUGAUGAAAAAGUCUUAGAUGAUGAUGUCUUAAAUCCUUCGAAAUCAGGAGAUAAAUACUAUAAAGAUAUUUCCUUAUAUGCCCUGAGACAUCAGAAAGCAAUAGAGUUUGCUGAAUUAUUGGAUUCAUUUUAUUCCAAAACCUUCUUUAUGAUAUCAGGACUUAGUAUGCUUCGAAUAAGUGUUACUGGUCUGAAGGCUGUAAUAAAUGUCAACAAUCUUAAACGAUUUAUUCAAGACAUGUUUAUUUGUUACACGGCUUUAAUUCAUGUCUACUUUGAAUGUAUGAACGGUCAACGACUUAUCAUAGUAGUGAAAUGCACGAACAUCUGUAAAAUAAAUACCGAGUGGUAUUGUACAUCUUUACGAACAAGAAAAGUAACCACUUUGAUGACACUUAGAUCAUUGAAACCUUCUAUACUAACAGCUGCAGGAAUAUUAAAUAUAUCAUUGAAAACUUUUUGCUCUAGAAUCAUAAAUGAUGAGAUUAUUAUUGAACUGGCUAUGAGUAGCUCAGACAGGCAAAGGCAAAAUUUCCCUAUUUUAGUGUAUUCUCGACAUUCUAUGAACGUGAUGGAUUUCUUUGAUGGUCGUCACUACGCGAUUAAUAAACGUAUGCUAUCAUUAUUGGGCCAAUGGCCUUAUCAAUCGAUUAGAACAAAAUACGUUCGUUUGGUGAUUUUACUUUUAUUACUUGGGACACAAAUGUUAGCUAAGGUAGCAGCUACCAUAAUUUCCUUUAGAGAUAGAAAUGUAGUACUAAACGACAUGGCACCACUUAUUGCUGAUUCUACCGCAGUAAUCAGAUUAAUUAACGUAACAGUAAAAAAAGAAAAGAUGAAAAUACUUCUAAAUCGUAUGCAAACAGAUUAUGCUUUAUUCGCUGAUGAUGAAAUGAAAAUAAUGAUGGAAUAUGCCGAGAAUGGAAGAAAAUUUAGUAUUGUGUAUAUAGGAGUUUUUUUUGUAUCAAUGCUACAAUUUAUGAUUCCACCACUAAAGUCAAUCAUCUUGAGUAACAUGAACGGAUCGAGCGAACGACCAUUGAUACAUCACGUUGAAUAUUUUGUAGAUUCUCAAAGAUAUUAUUAUCUUAUUAUUUUACAUUCUUACGCGGUUAUAUUUAUCUGUGUUUUUACUAUCGCUACUAUGGACACAAUGUUUGUGGUUUUCGUGCAACAUGCUUGUGGAUUGUUUACAGCAAUAGGGUAUCAACUUCGUCAUAUAGUCGACAAUAAUAUUUUGUUGAUAAAUUUAAAUCCUUCGAAAUCGAAUGAUAAGUUUUAUACAAAUAUUUCUAAAUGCAUUCAUAGACACCAAGAAGCUAUACAGUUUGCUAAUCUAUUGGAUAAAUAUUAUUCAACGUCGUUUUUUCUCGUAUCAGGAAUUAGCAUGAUUGGUAUGAGUAUUACUGGGCUACAGGCUAUACUAAAUAUCAACAAACCCAAACAAUUUUUUCAACAAAUGUGUGUUUGUUAUACGACAUUAAUUCAUGUCUUGUUUGAAUGUGUAAACGGUCAACGACUUAUCGAUCAUAGUAGUCAAAUGCACGAAUAUUUAAUAAAUACCGAAUGGUAUCGAACAUCAUUACGAACAAGAAAAGGAAUCUGUUUUAUGUUACUUAGAUCACAAAAAUCUUGUACGAUAACUGCUGCAAAAAUGUUCAACAUAUCUAUUGAAACGUUUACCUCUAUUGUUCGUACAUCGAUUUCAUAUUUUACUGUUUUGCGUUCGAUACAGUAAAAUUUUGAUAAAUAACAUUUUAUGCAAUCAUACAUAGAUUAUUAAUAUGCGGAG